AUGUCCUCCCAGGACCUCUCCCUCCUCGCCCCCGACUCCUCGCCCCGCGACCCCGCCGGCGGCGAGAAGAAGCGCAAGCGCGGCGCGACCCGCCUCUCCUGCGCAGAGUGCCGCAGGCUUAAGCUGCGCUGCGAUCGCUGCAUCCCCUGUGGCUCCUGCGUCAAGCGAGGGUGCGCUGCUAUCUGCCCCGACGGCUCCCUUACCACCGGCAAGGGCAAUCGCGCACCUAGAUUCGUCCUUGCCUCCACCCAAGAUCUCCACGAGAAAAUAAACCAGCUCGCAAACCGUGUCCGCGAGCUGGAAGACGCUCUUCGCGCCUCCCAUACCCUCCACUCCACCGACUCUCAUCCUCUUCUCUCCGAAGAGCUCCUCCGCAUCAAAGCCCCCAUCCAGCGAGAAAACCUCAUCAGCACCGGCAUUCAAAAUGGCUCCCCAGAAGAGCCUGGGGCUGACGUUGUCGAUUCCUUCGGCUCCUUGUCUAUCAGCGACACUGGCCGCACCAAUUACUUCGGCCAAGCGACCAGCUCGUGGAACGAAGACAAUAAGGAUGAUGAUAGGGACCAACGCCUGAUCAACCUGCGCAAGCUGCUAUCUGCAGAAGUCCUUGCUCUCAGCGGUCUUUUCCCUGUCGCUCCCAGUCUUCCUCUCACUGUGGAUGCGGAAACUAUGAAGAUCGAACGCCUUCGGAGUCUAUUCUGGUAUCUUCCCCCUAUGGACGAGGCAAACGAACUUCGCAACAACUAUUUUCAGCAUGCAGCGUGGAUGUACAAUCCGGUUUCGAUGGCUCAGUUUAACGAGGCCGCUUUCAAUCAGUUCUACAAUCCCAACACCACCCCAUCGAUGGACGAUCCACUCAUGUCACAUCAACUGGCCCUCAUGUUUAUGGUCCUCGCCAUCGGCAGUUUAAUGGACAUCACUCGCCCGGCAUACAACAUCGAGGCUGAGAAGUACCACCAGCUGGCUCGGGCUGCAUUGUUCCAAAGUCCAAUCUUUGAAGAGCCAACACUGGCUGCGGUUCAGACCCUCUACUUGAUGGCAUUCUACCUGUUCUUGAGCGAACGUCAUGGUUCAGGUGUCGGCUCGAGGUGGGCGUUUAUGGGUCUGGCGGUCAAACUGGGUGUUAGCGUGAACCGUGACGCAGGUAAAUGGAAGGUCGACCAGGCUGAAAUCCAACGGCGACGGGAAAGCUUCUGGGAGCUAUAUUCGUACGAUCUCCUCCAGUCCUACACUCUAGGCCGACCCCCGUCAUUUACCCUCACGCACGUCGACUGUAAGAAGCCGCACCAGGAUGAUCCUUGCAGCGAAGAAACGUUCCACUGGUGGAAGCAUCGGUUUACUUCGGAAUGCAUGAAUGUUGUGUACGACCAGGCAUUCGGGGCAAAAACGCCGACGUACAGCACUGUUUUACAGCUCGAUCGCAAGUUGCGAGGGUUCCCUGUCCCGGCUUCUCUGCAGAUUGCCGGCUUCGGCAACUCGGAGUCUAGAGUCGGGAAUUUCUAUGAGAGUGUUCCCUUGAUCUUGCAGCGUCACUUGGUCCUGGCGAUUCGAGAGUCCAACUUACUCUACAUGCACCGGGGGUUCUUUGCCCGCGCUAUCAGCGAUCAUCCUAAAGAUCCACUUGGCAGUCCUUACGGUGGCUCGUUUAUUGCUGCCUACCGUAGCGCCGGCUCGUUAGUUGCCUUGGUUCGCAACAUACACUCGCAGUUGAAGGAGCUCACGGAGCGUAUGUGGUUUUUGUGGACGCACUUGUUCUCUUGUUCGAUCAUCCUGGGCUCCAUCGUCACUCGUUGUCCUUCCAUGAGUCUGGCGCCUUCAGCUUUGGUUCAGCUCGAUUCAGCAUGCGAUCUCUUUUCGAAGACCGCAAAGUCCUUCCAUGCGGAGAAGGUCUUGCACAUCAUGCUCAAUCUGCGUGAAAGGGCGCACGCAAGCUUGGCGCAAUACAGGAAUACUCCCCCGUCUCGAGUCGGCGCGGUCUCCGAGCCCACGACUCCUGCUGACGAUAACGACGAGCUGAACAUUCUCGGAGGGCGGACACGACUGGUUGAGCAGAAGGAAAAGUCCAUGUCUCCCCAAAUCACGGAUCGCUCCCCGACGUCGCUGAACCCCAUCGUGCCUCUGCCGCUGAAGCAACCGGAAGAGCAACAGGUUCACCCCUACGUGCUGCAAUACCUUCGAACCUUCGUCCCCUCACCGCCGAAUGUACCCUCUGGAGCGAUGUCCAAUCAAGCAGGGCCGUCACAGCCAGCACGGAUGAACGGUGGACCAGUCUCCCCCACGCACUAUCAGCCGCAACAGCCUCAGAACUUGCAUUCCUUGCAGCCUAUGUCGGCGCAGUUCCCAGGGCCGGAUGCAUACCAGCAGGCAUCACAGCACCCACCACAGCUGCCUGGUCUUCAAGUGGAAGGUCUGAAUCCCAUGUUCCCGCAGUAUUUCCCUGUCUUCGACUACGGACAUGUCGGCAGCGGAGGCCCGCAAACAGAAAUGUUCAUCCCAUCGCCGGUUCCUAUGGACAGCGGCGAAUACUCUGCCGGAGGCAGAUCAUAUUCUCCCGAGACGAACAUGCAAGCAGCUUGGCAGGACUUUGUUGCACAGAUGGGGAUGCAGUGA